GGGGAGGGAGGGAAAAGCAGAGAGGGAAGGCUGCGGCUCUGGGGUGGGGGCGGAGAACAGAAGGAGCUUUGGGACAACGGUGGAAAGUAGGGUUGUGAGUUUGUCCGUCUGAACACAUGAAGAAAAGAGGGAAAGGAGAUGGGCAGAUCAAAGAGGCAUGACAAAGGAUUAAAGUAGGAUGUGGAGCAGCAAAAGACCGGAUUCGUCUCAGCCUACCCGGACACAAACAGGAAGACAGGAAAGUAGAGGUGCAGAAAAGACAGAAGACUUGCCUGAACAAGAGGCAGAAAAAGAAGACAGGCUGAUAACUGAGGAGGCGUGAUCUCAUUCGCCCAAGGAGGGAGAGAAAGAGUGAGUCAAACCAGACAGGAAGAGCGAGGGAAGGAGGGGGGGUAAGGGGUAAAAGAGGUAAAAGAAAGCAUAAGAAAGCAGAGAGGCAAAAGAUUAACACUCUUGACUGAAAGAGUGUGUGAGGCUGAGUCAAGGAGACAGAGUCCAGGAGGGGAGAGGAAGUCUGAAAACAGUCGAAGGGUGACGGAGGGCAGAUAACUGAGAGCAAGGUGAGAGGAAGGCAGAGAGACACAAGGUGAGGGGGCUAGUGGGAGAAGUUAGCAGGAGGGGAGAGGUAUGAGGGGACAGCUCUUGAAGUCAGUCUUCUCUUUAAUGAUCACUCUCUUCUGUCUGGGGAGCCUGCUGACCACUCUCGUCUGGUACAUGGUCGACAACAAUAAUGUGGAACCUCAGAGGCCGUCUCCCCAAAAGAAAAGUGCCCCUCAGCCCACUGACCCCUGUAAAGGCUGCAGGGAGAUCAUCGACAAAGUGAUAGGACGUUACUCUCAAACCUGGAAGAAGCAAGAGGACAAUUACCAAAAAUUCAGAUCUCAGCUGAGCAGCAAGUGCCAUGGUUUUGACAAGGCCAUCAUCACCCAGGCCAACACUCCAGUGGGAUUUAAGAUUGUGUACGACGGGGAAAAAAGGCGGAGCCUCCAGGUGACUCCGGAGAUCUUCGGCACCUUUGCAAAGGAGCAUCCAUUCCCAAAUAAAACAUGGGAAACGUGUGCUGUCGUUGGGAACGGAGGGAUCCUUGCAAACAGCAGCUGUGGAAAUAUGAUUGAUUCAGCUCAGUUUGUUAUGAGGUGCAACCUUCCUCCUUUGGAAAACAACUAUGAGAAACAUGUGGGCAUCAAGACUGACCUUGUGACAGCAAACCCAAGCAUCCUCCUAGAGAAGUAUGGGGCUCUAAUGGGGCGUCGGCGUCCAUUUGUGGAAAGUCUGCAGAGCUAUGGCGACUCCCUGCUGCUCCUUCCUGCCUUCUCCUAUGGCCACAACACUCCUGUGUGCCUGCGGGCCGUCUACACCAUCGAGGACUUUAACAGCCCGACGCGGCCCAUCUUCUUCAACCCUGAGUACCUCCAGAAACUGGCUGGCUUCUGGCGCUCCCAAGGCCUACGAGCAGUGCGGCUCAGCACUGGCAUUAUCAUGGCUAGCCUGGCGCUGGAACACUGUGCCAACGUGCAUCUGUACGGUUUCUGGCCCUUCAGUAAUCACCCACAUGGACUCCAUGCCCUGACUAACCACUACUACGAUGACAGACAAACUAAAACUAAAUUCCACGCCAUGCCGGCUGAGUUUGAGCUCUUGCUGCAGCUGCACAGUCAGGGGGUGCUCAGGCUUCACCUGGGUGACUGUGCACCAGGUGAAAAGUAGACCCAGGUGCAGAUGACAAGACAGGAGCAAAGUGCCUUCUUUGUAGCCAAGUAACUCAUCAAGACAUUCAUAUACCUUUGACUGAUCUGAAUGGACAGAUCUAUUUUGGUUGAUGACAUGGAUUAAAUGUGUUCAAGCAAGGUUCUACAGUGAUUGCUGAGUUGGCCAGCAGCCAAAACAUUUGCACUGAAAUCAAGAUGCAACAAUCAUAACAAUGUGAACGUCAUGCAAACAGCCUUGUCGUGUGUCUAAAACAUUUGGGUUUUUGUUUGUAUUAUUUAUUUUUACAAAAGUUCCAGCUGGAGUCUGGAGGGAGUUAUUUUGAUUUAAGUGGGAAUCCUAUCUGAGGCCUUUGUGGCGGUCGACAUUGUAGUGCCUUCUUUUGGAUUAAACGGAAUGUAUUUUAGAAAAAAAUAAGAAUACCUCCUUUACAUGAAGACUGUCUGGCUAAAACACUUUAACUCUGAAUGUAAAAAAAUCUUUGUUUAAAAAAAAGCGUCACACAUUUACCACUUUUAAAAUUAUGCUGGGAGCUGUCGAGGGGAGGACAUGUUCAUACUCUCACGGUUGUUAUGAAAGGCUGGUGCUGUUUUGUGGAAAAUGACUUCUGCACUCCACGUCACUGUCACUGCUGGAUGUGAUACAGACACAAGGUAACCCUCAGAUCUGAGAGUAUCUGCAGGGGUUGUCUACACAUCAUCAUAGCUGCCCUCUGGUGGCCAUGGUCAGUAAAAGGCCCUAUUAAAAAGAGGCUUUGGAGCCAAGGACUGAACAGAAUGAAACAAAAAUAGUAACACUACCUCUCACAGAGGUUGCUGUAGUGAGCCUUAGUCACUAUGUGCUACUCUUCAUCAGCACAGUGGCCAGACGUUGGUGUGUACUGUCACAACGUGGCAACUAAAACAUUUGGUACAAUGUUAUUACUUUUAAAGCUGAUAUAAAUGUUAAAUCAUAACUGACUCCAAUAUAAGGGGAUAUUAUAAUU